CCGGACGCACGUCACGCGUGUUCGCCGAGCGCGCACGACCCUCCGACAACACGCGCCUCUCAAUUUCAUUAUCUGUCACACUGACUGACGUGGAACCACUGGUGAACUUUCGUGAAUGGAAUGACACUAGAUCCGUUUGAGCGACACUGACCUGGUAAUCGUCAGAAGUGAUCAUGUGCCGCGAAUAACCGUGACAUUUGCGUGUUUCCUGAUUGCCAGCCAUCAUCGGGGCGCUCGAUGACAGUCAAUUACGAAUAAUAAAAUACCUCUAAUGUACAUUUUUCCCAAUAAACCGUUAGAUUCUGACAUUUACCGUCUAAUAUUAGUAGUGGAGUGAAUUAGUCUGUAUUAAGUUGCAUUGAGUGACGUUACAAUUAAUUGUGUUCAACGGAAGUAGGUCGCGGCGGCGUCUUUUGAGGAGAUGCAGUGACAUGAGAUGAAAGCGUCGCGGAUGGAGCGGCCGACGCGGCGCGCGAAGGCCGGGUCGCUCAGUGGGCUGUCCGGGCCCGGGGCCCUGUCCGGUCCACCGGGCGGCACGCCCAGUGUGCGCCGGCAGCGCUCCCUGGAGUGGGGCGGCGACCGCUACAGCAGCAGCGACGACGACCGGCCGCCGGCGCCGCCGCUCGCUGACAGAGUCUUCGCUUCGCUUCUGGCGCAAGCGACGCAACAGUUUGAUGAUGAGCAGCGUCGUAUCUACGGCUCCGAAGGCGGGGAGGAGCUACCCCGAUAUGUCAGCAGCCCUCAGAGACAAUCUUCACCCUUCCCUCAUGAAAGCACAAACCGCCGCUUUUACAGAAGAAACAGGAAUUCUAAAGGUGAAGAGAUGUUUAGUGCUGAGCCGAGUGGCACCAUUUACCGAAGACGAGGUGACGACUUCACGCUAGACAGCAAUGGACGCGCGCGCCACGGCGUCACUAACGGCACAAAUGGUGCUGGCAGCGGCGAAUGUGACUCGCCGCCGGAGCCAGCGCCCCCUGAGGUUCCCCCACGAGGUCCUUCGCUGCACGUCACGCUGAGACACAGGCCUGUCCCGUGCGAGCAGACAGCGGAGCCCGACCGCCUCUACUUGUCUGAAGAGUUCGUGAUGUCAGAGGGCGGGGCUAACGCGGCGUAUCCUGCGCGGUCUCCGAUGUCCAGCUCCACUACAGGGCACUCCAGCUCUAGUCAUCACAGAUUGGGCAGCGCAGCGAUGUCGAGCGGCAUGGGGGGCGGCACGCUGGGCAGCGCGCACUGCCAGCUGGCCAACCAGCCGCUAGUCAUGCCAGUGGCGUUCCCACUACGCGCCAGCCAGCCUAGUCCAGUGCCAGUCUACUCCCCCUCAAGGUUCCACAUAGACAAGCGGUGCCAACACCGCUGCACGUGGAAGUGCCUCGCCAUAGCUAUGAUAUGCCUCUGUGUUAUCUUAGCGGCGAUGCUAGCAUACUUUAUAGCAUUAUCGUCAAUUAAAAGUAAUAUAGACAAUUCAAAUUGCAUCUUAGUACAGGACGUGAAAGCAGUAACACACGCACAAGGAAUUAGGGAUGCAUUAUCAACAUCUUCGCCUUCAGAUGAAUCAAUAUCAACAUCUUCGUUGGGUGGAUGGUCAACAACAGCAGAAGCCGCUUUAGAAUCAGCUAUUAUACCACAACAAGCACAGCAAGCGGCGCCACCGCCUUGGUCUCCAGCGCUAGAAGUAAGAGAAUUCGACGAACUACACCACGCCACUAUACCUGCCUAUCAAUUCUGGAGUUCGGAAUUCCGGAACAAGCAACCCGCCUACGUUAGCCUUAAUUUUACCGUGCCAUGGGGUGCCAAUUUUGCGGUUUAUGGUAGAAGAAAUGUGGCUCCUAGCGUUACACAAUAUGAUUUCGUAGAGUUUAUCCGAGGAGGCAGAGUAGAUCACAGACUGCGAAGAAGGCGGAGUCCGCACAAGCAUGACAUUCAUCCACGUAGCUUUAAUGACUGGGAUGCAUUAUUGAGCACGAUUAGCCCGUUUCAAAGAUGGAACCACACGAUAAGCAGAAGAUCCACUGAUAUGCGCGUGAAUGUUACUAUAUUACAGUAUCUUGACACCGGCAGAUGGUUUAUUUCGAUAUACAAUGACGAACUCCAGCCGCAUAGCGUAGAGAUGAUCGUCUCUGAAGCCGAGGGUGUCACGAAUUCAUGUCCUGAUGAUUGUUCUGGUCACGGCUCAUGCUAUUUGGGAAAAUGCGAUUGCAUGGAUGGUUAUGAGGGUCACGAUUGUUCCAAGAGUGUUUGUCCUGUGCUUUGUUCUGGUCAUGGUGCAUAUGCAGGAGGUAUUUGUCAUUGUUCCGAGGGUUGGAAAGGAGCUGAGUGCGAUGUUCCAGCACAUGAUUGUGAGCCUGCUGAUUGCUCCGGCCGAGGGCAGUGUGUUGCCGGGCAUUGUCAUUGUAAAGCUGGAUGGAAGGGUCUUAAAUGCGACGAAGAGGACUGCUUGGAUCCAACGUGUGGGGGUCAUGGGUCGUGCGUCCGUGGGCGGUGCGUGUGUCGCGCGGGGUGGCGUGGCGCGGCGUGCACUGAUCGUGACGCCAGAGUCCAGCGUUGUCUCCCAGCUUGCUCCCAGCGAGGUGUUUACGAUCUUGACGCAGGGAGAUGUGUCUGUGACCCACUUUAUACAGGCGACGAUUGUUCUCAAGUUGUUUGCUCGUUGGACUGCGGCCCUCACGGAGUGUGCGCGGAAGGCGUGUGUCGUUGCGAUGAAGGAUGGACGGGCUCGAUGUGUGACCAACGACCCUGUGACCCUCGCUGUCACGACCACGGCCAAUGCAAAAACGGCACCUGCGUUUGCACACAAGGCUGGAACGGCAGGCAUUGCACGCUUCCUGGUUGCCCCAACGGCUGCUCCCGUCAUGGACAAUGUCUUCUGGAGGAUGGUGUCUAUCGGUGCUCCUGCGCCGAUGGCUGGGCUGGCACUGAUUGCUCUAUUGCACUUGAACUGUCUUGCAGCGAUAAUGAGGACAAUGAUGACGAUGGCAUGACGGACUGCUCGGACUCUGAGUGCUGCACACGGCCCGAGUGUGCGGAACACAUUAUGUGCCUCUCCUCUAACGACCCGGUGGAGGUGCUCCUGCGCAAGCAGCCGCCUUCCGUCACAGCCUCUUUCUACCAACGCGUCAAAUUCCUCAUUGAGGAAAACUCCGUGCAAAGCUACGCUCACAUGGACGAAUAUUCUGAAAGCGAGUUCUGGAAUUCCUUUACACCAUGCCGUGUCUCCGUGAUGCGGGGUCAGGUGGUGUCCCCCCAAGGCCUGGGGAUCAUCGGCAUCAGAGUCUCUGUGGACCGCGAGGCUCGUUUCGGCUUCACACUCACUAGGCAAGGAGGAUGGUUCGACGUGUUAGUGAAUGGCGGCGGCGCAGUCACCCUACAAUUCCAGCGGUCUCCAUUCAAGCCGCUGAGGAAGACUGUCUUCGUGCCCUGGAACCAGAUCGUCGUGCUGCCGCCCGUGGAGAUGGAACUCAGCGAUGACAGCAUCAAAGUGCCGACUCCAAGAGCACCACCGCGCCUUGAUUGGUCAUCGACCCCACACUGGUGGGAGACCUCCGUCCCUCCGUGCCCGGCGCACGACCACGAGAGGCUCCGACCCGAGGUGGUAGCCGUGCCCCCCCUCGCCGCGCCUGCCGCGUCCUCGCACACCACCUCCACUGUCAUCUACCCUGAGGCUCAGAUCGUGAGCGAGUCCAUCGGCAUCCCAGGCUCGUCAGUGAAGCUGACGUACCGCUCGUCGCAGGCCGCCGGCUACCUGUCGUGCGUGCACGUGCAGCUGACGCGGCGCGUCGUGCCCGCGGCGCUCGCGCGCGUGCACGUGCGCGUCGAGAUCGAGGGCUCCCUCCACACGCACACCUAUGAAGCUGAUCCCGAUCUGACACAUGUCUUCGCUUGGAACAAACGAAACGUUUAUAAACAGAAGGUGUAUGGUGAAGCACAAGCCAAGAUAUCAAUCGGUUACGAAUACUCCUCUUGCGCGUCUAUAGUCUGGGAGACUCAGACCGCAACGCUGGCCGGAUUCGACGUGGACAUCUCCGACAUCGGCGGCUGGGGGCUCGACAUCCACCACCAUUACAACUUCCACGAGGGAAUCCUGCAGAAGGGAGAUGGAGCACUGCUGCAUUUGAAGCAAUAUCCUAGGACUGUACAGGUGGUAAUGGGAACUGGUCUCCGGCGCUCCCUGGACUGCCCGGACCACUGCAACGGCAAGGCGGCUGACUCCCGGCUCCUAACUCCCACAGCUUUGACCUCGGGUCCCGAUGGAUCCCUAUAUGUGGGAGACUUCAACUUUGUCCGCCGUAUCACGCCAGAGGGCGUCGUCACCACUGUUUUACAACUAGAAACAACACAAAUGGCGUACCAAUACUACAUCUGCAUAUCGCCAGCCGACGGAAACCUGUACAUAUCAGAUUCAGAACGGCACCAAGUUCGCAAGGUCAUCCUUUUGGAGAAAGUCCGUGAUCCGGCGGCGAACUCUGAACCCGUCGUCGGGAGUGGGGACCGGUGUGUGCCAGGAGAUGACUCCAACUGUGGUGAUGAGGGGCCUGCUAUCAGAGCCAAGCUGGCUCAUCCUAAAGGUCUUGCUAUUGCAGCAGACAGGACUAUGUACAUCGCGGAUGGAACGAACAUCAGGGCGGUUGAUCCUAAUGGCAUCAUCCACACGCUUGUUGGUCAUCACGGACACCACAACCACUGGUCGCCCGUUCCUUGUCGCGGUGCCAUAGCACCAUAUGAAGCUCAAUUACAAUGGCCAACCGGAGUAGCCCUUUCACCGCUAGACGGAUCGCUUUACUUCAUAGAUGACAGAAUAAUCCUCAAACUAACAGUGGACAUGAAAAUAAAAGUAGUGGCUGGACAACCCUCACAUUGUCGCCAAGGAAACGAUGGCAAGCCUGUCAGUAAACCGACUAACAAAACAAACACGGAUAUCAGAGAAGAUUCAAGUCUCGGUACUAUAUUAGCGAUAGCAUUCGCACCGAGUGGAAUCUUGUACGUAGCCGAAUCAGAUUCUAAAAAAUCUAAUACUAUCAAAACUAUCGAUCCAUCUGGAAAGAUAAUGCAUUUCGCUGGAAAAAUGCAGGAGAAUAUGAAAGAAUUGAGCUGUGAAUGCAACACGUCUAUGUCAGCCACAGUAUUGCCUACAAAUUCGAGAGACGAAGGAGCAGGUUGCCCGUGCAGGCUGAGUGUGGUGGCGGGAGACGAGCCCCCCACAAGCACCGAAACUCUGUUAUCAUCUAAUGCUAAAUUCCAAACAAUAUCCGCGCUAGCUGUCACGCCAGAUGGUGUUUUAAAUGUCGUCGAUCAAGGAUCAUUACACAUCUUGGCAUUAAAACACUAUUUGCCAACGCACGACGAAAAUGGAGAAUUCAGAAUACCUUAUCCGCCUACGUCAGAAAUUUAUGUGUUCAACCGCUAUGGACAACAUAUCACCACGAAAGACUUAACUUCUGGAAAGACUAGAUAUUCCUUCUUGUAUUCUAAAAACACGAGCUUCGGUAAACUAUCUACGGUUACGGACGCUUCAGGAAAUAAAAUUCAACUCUUAAGAGAUUAUAGCAACGUUGUCAGCUCUAUCGAAAACACUCAAGAUCAUAAAUUAGAAUUAAAGGUAUCCGGUAUUGGAUAUCUGACGAGAAUAACAGAAAAGGGUACAACUGAAAUUGAAAUGGAUUAUGAUGCUAAUACAGGAUUACUCAACAGCAGAUCUGGGGCUGGAGACACCGUCAUUUACAAUUACGAUGAACUAGGACGCGUCACAAAAAUAAUUAUGCCUUCAGGAGAACAAGUCCAAAUUUCAUCAGGCUUAGCUAAAAAUUAUGGACUAGCUGUUACAGUUUCUAAUCCGUCGAGCACUAUUCCUGUUGGUGUUGCCAAAAAAUGUGAAUAUGUAUUGCAUGGACAAUCGUUCAAACAGAUAACAAUAAACAAUGGAAAACAAAUCACUGAAGGAAGAAUUUAUACAAAUAACACGUUAGUCCUAGACACGCCGUGGGGAGGCAAGUUUGAAAGUAUAGCAGCAGCCAAACAUCCUUUACUAGAGGCCGCUCUACCUAUUGAAGCUGAGAUGCUUCAUAUGUGGUCACACCAAACCACAACAUUUGGCGAUGGGCUCAUAAACAAUAUGUAUUCUCUUUACACUCUUGUGGGUGACGUAAGAAACCCACAACAAACUCUGAAUCGCGAGAUCUGGGUUAACGAUUCCAGAGUUUUAAUUAUAGAAUUUGACCAAUUCAAAAGCCGUGAAACUUUCUUCAAUGCUGACAGAAAUCCUCUAUUUACAAUCGCAUAUGACGUCGCUGGAUUGCCGCUAUCGUUUACACCCCACGGUGCCGGAGUUCCUCUCAACAUUUCGUACGAUAGAUUCUACAGAAUGAAUGGAUGGAAAUGGGGCGAUACUGAAGAAACAUAUAGCUACAAUUCACAUGGAAUGUUAGCGGAAAUAACAAGUCCUCAAGACGGUACCAAAUUUAUUUAUUAUAACGACGGUAAUUUAAUUUCCAAGAUCUCAUUAGCUAGCCAAAGAAGUUUCAAAUAUAUUUAUGAUAAUGACGGAGGUCUAACUCAUGUGAUUAUGCCAUCUGGAAGCAAUCAUUCUUUCAGUGUGCAACCUUCUAUUGGAUUUUUAAGAGUAACAUAUACUCCGCCUGGCUCGACCAAGAAAUAUUUGCAGCACUACUCGCACACCGGCGAACUGUUACAAACAGUUUUCCCCGGCGAUGGAGCUAGAAUAGUGUACCGAUACUUUACGACGAACAAAGUUUCUGAAGUGAUUCAUGGAGAUGGUCAAACACAAAUACAUUAUGCUGAAAAUAGCGGCCUUCCCUCAGAGAUAUUACACGUUGAUCGUGAUGUAGACUACAGAUGGGAAUCUACUUAUGCUGGUGGCCUACUAAUGGAAGAGAGACUUGAUUAUGGAGCCAAAACGGGUCUGAGCAACGCAAAAAUAAUUUAUGAAUAUGACAACAAUUACCGAACAACCUCUGUACAAGGGCGAAUCGGCGGACAAACUCUUAUUCCCCAUCAUAUUGUCUAUAAUUCUAAGACAGGAGAACCUGAGAUUCUAGGACAAUUUACUGUGUCAAAGCAGAAAUGGAAUGAGACGUCUGUUUACGAUGGUAUUGCAAUGUUCUCUCGCACUCUCACAGAACAGUUCUUAGAAAAAGAAGUGACUGUAAAUAUUCAUAGAAUGGAAGUAUUCCGAAUGGAGUUCUCUUACGACAAGCAUGGGAGAAUAUCUCAGACAAGAACACACACGAGGAAUGUCGGAGUAAACACUUACACGAAUGUUAAAAACUACACGUGGGAUUGUGACGGUCAACUGACUGGUGUCGAAGCACAGGAACCUUGGGGCUUCAGAUACGACGACAACGGUAAUAUGCUAUCACUGACCUACAGGGGAAACACUAUCCCGAUGGAAUAUAAUGACAUGGACCGCAUCAUCAAAUUCGGCGAAGGCCAAUAUCGAUAUGACAGCCGUGGGCUGGUUUCCCAAAAUGCUAGAGAGGAGAGAUUCCAAUAUAAUUCGAAAGGACUUUUAAUAAGAGCUAGCAAACGAGGACGAUUUGAUGUUCGCUAUUAUUAUGAUCAUUUAGAUAGACUUUCAACUAGAAAAGACAACUUUGGAAAUGUUACCCAAUUCUUCUACACAAACAAAGAGAAGCCACAUGAAGUCAGUCACAUUUAUUCUCCGCGUGAAAAUAGAUUCAUGACACUGGUUUAUGACGACAGAGGACACCUUAUCUAUACUCAGGUCGCUCGUCAUAAAUACUACAUUGCUACCGACCAAUGCGGGACGCCUGUGAUGGUCUUCAACCAGUAUGGAGAAGGGAUUCGAGAAAUUAUGAGAUCCCCUUACGGUCACAUCGUUUAUGAUUCAAAUCCCUACUUGUAUCUACCAGUGGACUUCUGUGGAGGUCUGUUAGACCAGGUGACGUCACUAGUCCAUAUGGCCAAUGGAAAAGUCUACGAUCCUCUAAUAGGGCAAUGGAUGUCCCCACUUUGGGAAGACUUGAUAGAAAGGAUUCAUAGUCCCGCGCAGUUGCAUCUGUACAGAUUUAAUGGCAACGACCCCAUCAAUGUGAAGCCUCAAAAUAAGAAGCCUACAGAUCACUUGUCUUGGCUGAAACUACUAGGCUACGACACUAAAAGCCUGGCCCCACAACUUUACCCUGACGAAUUGCCCGGUGGCUCCGUGCUACCCAGCAUACCCCGAGGUCGCCCGGUGUGGGGCGUCGCCCCCACCGACUCCAGCCCCGGCUUGCCGUCCGCCAUGUCCCUCCUGCCAACUGUAACCAUCGAAUCCGGCUUCCUGUCUCACAUGUCUAACAAACGAAUAGCAGACUUCAGAAGCCUUUCUAUACCAGCAAUGUCUGCUCUAAAAACGGAUGCCCUUAACUUAACUCCUAAACGAAUCGGCUCGGACUCCGAACCUCCAUUCGGAAGAGGAAUUCUCGUAUCCCGAAACUCGCGCGGGCGGGCCGUCGUGACCGCCGUGCCCUCUGCCAACGCGAUCUACAAGGACGUCUACACGUCCGUGUUCAACCGCUCGCACCUGCUGCCCUUCUCCUUCGUCGUGCACGGAGACCAGCAGGACGUGUUCUAUUUCGUGAAGGAAGAGACGUGGCGCGCCGCCGACGACAAACAGCAACUGAAACGGAUGCAGGGUAAACUAAACGUGACCUUCCACGAGGUGGCGGAAGGUGGGAGAUCAUACGCGGACGUGAAAAUUCACGGGAAGACAAGCAUAGUGAAUCUGCGGUACGGCACCAGCGCGGAGAGAGAGAGACAGCGACUGCUGCACCACGCGCGCGCCACGGCGGUGCGCAAGGCGUGGCACCGCGAGCGCGAGGCGCUGCGCAGCGGGCUGGGCGGCGCGCUGGACUGGUCGGCGGCGGAGCUGGACGAGAUCCAGAAGGCGGGCUGGGCGGCGGGCUACGAGGGCGAGUACGCGCACGACGUGGCGCGCUACCCCGAGCUGGCGGAGGACCCCUACAACAUCCGCUUCGUGAAGAAGCGCGCCGACCGCGCCGAGCGCCGGCGCCGGAAGCGCCAGGCCUGCCGUGCGCCCUGGUGGCUCGUCCGGGACGACUGCUAGUGACGUGCCGCCAUACUAAUGCCAAAUCGAGUGAACGAGGUCGACGCGCGAGUGAACGGUGACGAAUGACUGCGAGUGUCUGUGAAUAUAUUUUGUAAAUAGUCUCUAUUAAUUGUUAAUUGUUGAUGUAUGUAUGUACGGUAGUCGCGAAUCCCUAUCGCUAUGUAAAUAUUAAAAUUUAAUUUGCAGGGAGAGAAUGGACCUUUUGAGAGGACUGAUAUUAAAUAAAUGUAAUGUAUGUAUAAAUAAGACGAUUUAUGUGAAUAUGAAAUUAUUUAUACUUAUUUAUCGGUAAAAAAGCUUCGAUUGUGUCCAAUGUUCUUAUAAAAUUUAGAUGAAGACUAUUUGAAGGAAUAAAAAGGCAUAAUUUUUUAACCAAAAUAAGCUUGCAGUAUCAU